AUGACUGCCGAACCCCACCAAUUGACGGCUACUGAAGUGCUGCAUGAGAUCAAGGCUGGCAAAUUGACAGUAGAAGCAUACGCACGAUCAUUGCUGAAACGGAUCAAUGACCGCGACGAGGCUGUCCAAGCAUGGGCAUAUCUUGACCGCGACCAUGUAAUCAGCCAAGCAAAAGCGCUGGAUCAAGUUCCUGUGUCUGAACGUGACCCGUUGCACGGCAUAGCAAUAGCCGUCAAGGAUGUCAUAUAUACGAAAGGUGAGAAGAAUUUCGUUUUCUCUACUGACCGGAAUAGAGCUAAAAGGAAAUCAGACAUGCCCACACAAUUCAAUUCACCCAUCUAUGUUGACGACGCUCCUCAAGUAGACGCUGGUUCGGUCGCCAUACUGAGGAAGUCUGGCGCGCUCAUCUUCGGCAAGACGACGACUACAGAGUUUGCUGCCACCACUGUUGGUCCCAAGACGCGCAACCCACACGAUCCGAAUCGUACUCCGGGUGGUUCUUCCUCGGGUUCCGGAGCAGCUGUAGGAGACCUGCAAGUUCCCAUCGGUUUGGGUACGCAGACGGGUGGCAGCACAAUCCGACCGGGCUCUUACAAUGGCAUUUACGCCUUCAAACCGACUUGGAACUCGAUCACUCGCGAAGGCCAGAAGAUUUACUCGCUCAUUCUCGAUACGCUGGGGUUCUAUGCCCGUAGUGCUGCAGACCUUGACCUUCUCGCCGAUGUCUUUGCCUUGGCAGAUGAUAAGCCGGCCCCAUUGGACUUUGGUGUCAAAGGCGCAAAAUUCGCGGUCCUGAAGACCAUGGUCUGGCCACAGAUAGGCUCUGGAGGCUCUGCCGCGAUGGAGAAGGCUGUAUCCCUUUUGCGUGCUCGUGGUGCAGAGAUCGAAGAGAUCGAGCUUCCCGAACAUCUCAAUGACCUGCCUGCUUGGCGCGCCACAGUACUCGACUCUGAUGGUCGCACGGCCUUCUUACCCGAAUAUACCACGACAAAGCACAAUCUCUCAGAAGAUCUCGUAGGCCACGUUGAAAACGUAAAGACAAUCUCGCGUAAGGCGCAAUUGGAUGCGUUUGACAGUAUUGCUGCUGCAAGACCAGUAGUGGAUGAUAUCCUCAGCAAGUAUGCAGCCGUCCUCACCCCCAGCGUGCCGGACGAGGCGCCCUUGGGAAUCGAAAAGACAGGCAGUGCAGCCUUCUGCUUGAUCUGGACGGUAAGUGUCAUUUUCGCUCGAAGUGUCCGAUUCGAGCCUCAGCUAACACCAAUCCAGGCCUUACAUACGCCAGUCGUCAACAUCCCAGGCUUCAAAGGCGACAAUGGUAUGCCAAUCGGUGUUUCCCUCGUCGCACCGCGCUAUCACGAUAGGCACUUGCUAGCUGUAAGCAGGGCAGUAGGUGAUAUUUUUGAAGCAGAAGGUGGCUGGAAGCGAGACGUUUAG